UGGCUCUUUUCUUCCCCUUCCCGUCCCCGACGGCCGACAAUUUCCUGUCAUCUCCCCUGGCCCUCCCUCGCUUUCCCACCUCCAUCCACCCCGCCGCGCCUCGACCCCGCGCCCCGCGCCGCCGCAUCUCCGGCGAGAUGUCGCGCUUCGGGCGAUCCGGCCCGCCGCCAAUCCGCGACACCUACUCCCUCCUCGUCCUCAACAUCACCUUCCGAACGACGGCUGAUGACCUCUUCCCGCUCUUCGACAAGUACGGCGAGGUCGUCGACAUCUACAUCCCCAGGGACCGCAGGACUGGUGACUCCCGAGGGUUCGCGUUCGUGAGGUACAAGUACGAGGACGAGGCGCAGAAGGCAGUUGAUAGGCUCGAUGGGAGAGUGGUAGACGGGAGAGAGAUCAUGGUGCAGUUUGCCAAAUAUGGCCCAAAUGCUGAACGGAUUAGUAAAGGGAGAAUAGUGGAGCCAGUACCAAGGUCAAGAGGCCGUUCCAGAAGCCGCAGUCCAAGACGGAGGUACCGUGAUGAUUAUCGAGAUGAUUACCGGGAUAGAGAUUAUAGAAGGCGAAGUCAUAGUCGGAGUAGAGAUAGGUAUUCACGUGACAGUUACAGAGAGAGGGAUUAUCGUCGCCGUAGCAGGAGUCGCAGCUACAGCCCUGAUGGUUACAAGAAGCAUGGGAGAGACAGUUUGUCUCCUGCACGUAGAAGUCCUAGUCGUAGCCGAAGCCGAAGUCGCAGCUACAGUCCUGAUGAUACCAAGAGGCGUGCCAGAGACAGCAGUGCAUCACCUGCGAGUAGGAGCCCUAGCCGCUCCCCACCUCGCAAGACACCACCUUCUCCGGAGAGAUCUCCUGUCAGGCGCAAGCGCAAUGAUGACCGGUCUCCGCGUUCUCGGAGCCCUUCGACAUGAGCAUUGUAUCAUUUGAACCACAUCUUUAACAUCUCAGGAUGAAUGGACUAGGCUAUGUGUUUGCUUGAUGGUGGGUCUUCUUCAGUUACAGUUCUGUAAUGCUGGCUGUCAGUUGCUGCUUCAAGCUUCGAAUACUGCUUUCAUUUGGCACCAGUACUGCUUGUCAAGAACUUUAUGUACACCAAUUCCAUUCCAUUUUCCUUUCCUAUUAGUACUUCGUAUUAUCACUGUCUUUCCAGUAUUGGGUACUUAUGGUGGCUUGCACCUUUCUAGUUGCAUGAUGGAGUGAAGAUGUGCUGGCUGAUAUGCGGUCAACAUGAACGUAGCUUACUGUUGAAGUUGAUAUUAUCUGUGCUGUUUGCCUUGUUGAUGAUGAUGAGUUGAUGGUGAUGGUGAUGAGAUGAUGGUGGCACUGCAGCUGCCUACACCACUUGCUGUCCGCACCUAUUAUGCUGACAAGUAAGAUUCCAAAGGUUUAGCUGACUUCAGAGCUUCAUUUCUUUCUUAACCAUGAAAUGCUUUCCCAAGUUUCUACAUGCUGGGUGCCACCCCCAACCCCCCUAUUCGUUAUUUGGAUUUGAAUGUGUCUGUGGUGAUUUCUUACAGAUAUCUUUUAGGUUUUUUUUUGUCAUGAGCCCUUCAAAAACGUAUAGAUCAAUUGUUGCAUACUUUGGUCUUGCUGCUUCAUUUUUUCUGUUUGACUACGCCCUCUAAAAAAUGCAAUCUUAUGUUUUACUUCUAUGCACAACAUUGAACAUCACUGACACUUGCAAGGACUGUUCUGAGUGGAGUACGUAAGUCUUUUCUUUGCACCUGCACAGUUGGAAAGGUAUUUGUAUCUGUUGUAGCUCUUGACCCAUCUUCAGCAAUAGAAGGCCUGGGGAGAGGUUUCAGCAACAGGAGCCGAAUCGGUUCUGUUGGCUUGAUUACUAAUGGUGAUGGUUCGCUGAGACCGUCCCGUGCGUGGCCCUUACGAAAGAUUUUGCUGACCAAUUAAGUCUGUAAACAGUGAUAAUUUGUAACACUGAUUUUGAUCUACUUGUGUGAAGAAAAUGGGAAAUCUUUGCUA